UGGAAAACCGUUAUAGGGUGUGAAAACUCCCGCGAAUCCCCAACCUUCAAGAAUACCAAACCCUAACCCCUCUCCCUCCCUCUCUCUCUGUCCAAAUCUCUGUUUCUCUCUCUAAAUCCAUAUCUCAAGACCCCAAAACAAUCCCUUUCCUUCACCCCCAGACUUACCCACACCCUCUUCUCUCAUCUUCCUCCCCUCCAUCUCACUAAAUCCCCAAGCAAAGCAUCCUUCUAAUGUCUCCCCCAAUAAAAACCCUAACCCUAACCCUCUCACCACAAACCGAUCAAUCCCCACCUCCACUUCUUCUCUUUUUACUCAAAAAAUGGCCUCCCAACAAGCUGCUACCGAAACCCGAGCCCCCCAUUCAAAGUACUCCAAAAGGCUAAUCUUGAAAACCGUGUUGGAGGGUGGGACUGGGUUGGUUGGACAGACAAUCGUUAUUGGAGGGUGGGUUAAGUCCUCCAACGAGGUGAGGAAGGAGCCUCUACCGCCACCGGCCGUGGCCGGUGACACUCCUGCGGCGGCUAAAGAUGUUACCUGUGUGGAGAUUCUACAGACAAGAAUUCCGUUCUUUCGAUCAAUCAUGAAGGUGUUGGGUGGGAACCAUAACCCAGGUCGCGGAAAGUUGGAAUCUAUUGUUCAACAGCUGCCGCCACCGCCGUCAGUCGUGGUUUUGCAAGUUAGUGAUGGGUCUUGUGUUCCAAGUCUUCAGGUUUUGGUGGAUUCAUCAAUUGCUCCUCCAAUCCAAGUUAUGGCUACUGGAACUUGCAUAUUAGUAGAGGGAAUAUUGCAGCAGCCAACUGUAAACGUACGGGGAAAACAUGCAAUCGAGCUCAGAGUAGAGAAAAUUAUGCAUGUUGGGACCGUAGUUCAAGACAAGUACCCAUUGUCCAAGAAGCGGCUUCCGCUGGAUAUGCUAAGCGAUUUUCCCCACUUUCGACCUCGGACAACUACGGUGGCAUCAAUUACCCGUAUUCGCCAUUCCCUAACUCAAGCCACUCACACCUUCUUCUUGAACAAUGGGUUCCUUUAUGUGGACAUGCCCAUUAUCACAACCACAGACAGUGAAGGAUUCAGCGACAAGUUCCAAGUUACAACUCUGCUUGGCAAAGCCAUAAAAAAGGAGGCCAUUGCCAUGGAUGAUACUGGAGGUGUUAGCCUUGAAACUAUCAAGGCUUCCAUUAAUGAAAAAAGUAAACAAGUUGAAGAGCUCAAAAGAACUGAAAGCAACAGGGAAGCACUAGUUGCUGCACUUCAGGAUCUUCGUAAGACAAAUGAGCUAGCUGCACAGUUGGAAGCGAGAGAAAAAUCCAAGUCUGGAACUUCAGUUAAAACUGAGAGAGUGAAGGUGGAAUUUUCCGAAGACUUCUUCUCUCGCCAGACUUUUCUAACGGCUUCUGGACGCCUUCAUCUUGAAAGCUAUGCAUGUGCUCUAGGAAAUGUGUACUCAUUUGGGCCCAGAUUCCGAGCACAAAAAUUGGAGUCCAAAAAGCAAGUUGCAGAGAUGUGGAUGAUUGAACUUGAAAUAGCUUUCUCUCAGUUAGAGGAUGCCAUGAACUGUGCAGAUGACUUUCUGAAGUUUGUGAGCAAAUGGGUGCUGGAAAAUUGUUCGGAAGAUCUGAAAUUUCUCUCGAAACGGGUUGACCCAACCAUUGUGGACCGCCUUCUAUCGUUGACAUCAAGUUCAUUCCAAAGGAUCUCCUAUGCGGAAGCAAUGGAGGUUUUAAAACAGGUCAAAAAUAAAAAUUUUGAAGCAAAACUCGAGCUGGGUAUGCCUCUAACUGAAGAACAUGAAAGUUAUCUGGUUGAUGAAAUCUACAAAAGGCCAGUUAUCAUACACAAUUACCCUAAAGAACUUCAGCCAUUCUAUGUGCGCCUGAAUGAUGAUGGAAAAACAGUUGCAGCAUUUGACGUGGUUUUACCAAAGGCUGGGAAGCUGAUUAGAGCUAGCCAAAACGAGGAACGGUUCAAUGUAUUAACUACCCGGAUUAAGGAAUUGAACUUACCAAAAGAGCAGUAUGAGUGGUAUUUAGAUCUUCGGAGGCAUGGAACCGUCAUGCACUCGGGCUUCAGUCUCUCCUUCGAUCUUCUGGUUGUUUAUGCCACAGGCCUCAUCGAUGUCAGAGAGGUGAUCCCUUUCCCCAGAAGUCAUGGAAAGGCCACCAAUUAAUUCAAAUAUCUGGCAAAGUGUUGGAGAAAUAAUAUUUCUGGCUCUGAAUGUAAUUUGAUGUACAUGUACAAACACAAUAAUUUCAGAGGUGAAAAGUUCAAAUUGAAAUGCGGUUUAUUCAGAAGUU